AUGGUCAUCGUACAUCAGCAGUUAGGCAGGGGUAGCGUGAAUGGCUAUUCAUCGUCGGUAGCAGCAGCAGCAGCAGCGGCGGCAGCAGGUGGUGGAGGUGUUGGUAGUGGCAUUGGCGGCAGUAGUGGUGGCACACAAUUGAUAGGCGGUGGUACGACGACGGCGCGAGCGCGACUCUCGAUUAGCUCACCAUCAGGCGCUGGUGUAACAGCAGCAGCGGCAGCAACGCACGGUAGUCUAACAGCUGUGAAUGAUUUCUCUGGUACAGGGCUCUUAAGUAUAGGUGGCGGUGUUGGUAUAGCCGGUAGCGGCAGUGCCGUUGGUGUUGGCCCAGGCGGUGCUGGUACUGGUGUUGCAGCAAGCGGUGUAACCGGGGGUGCAGGAAGCGGUGGCGGUGGUGGUGUUCCUAAACGUCAGGGUAGCUUUUCCAACGUUUUUUCGAAAUUAAUCGACGGUAUGCCUGCCGGUACAAUGUUCUCCAAAUUCAAGAGUGCCAAUACGGCAUCAACAUCAUUACAAAACAUCACCGAUGCUAAUCCGAUUAGCCAAUACUUUGAGAUCGGUAAGCAAGUGGCGUGUGCGGGUCCCGAACUAGUGUGGCGGAUACAUGACGGCUAUCGGAAAAGUGAUGGCAGGGAAUGUUCAAUAUUCGUCUUCGAGAAGAAAAUUGCAGAAAAACUGCACAAGCCGAGACGCAAGGAAACCGUAACGGAAUUGCUGAAAAAUUCAGUAAAAACAAUGGAAAGAUUUCGUCAUCCAAGGAUUCUGCAAGUUAUGCACACGGUGGAAGAAUCAACAGAUACUUUAGCUUUCGCCGCUGAACCCAUUUUUGCUAGCCUUUCAAAUAUUUUGGCUUUUCAUGAAUCAAAAACUUAUGAAAAUAUUGCUAUGCCAUCGAAUACAGGCGGCACUGGCACACAGAGCAGUCAACAACAAAAUACAGCAAUACCGCAAAGGCCAGCACAUGCGAAGGAGUAUAAUUUUUUGGAUAUCGAAUUGAAAUAUGGUUUUCUACAGUCGGUUUAA